AGUAGAGGGCAGCAAUAGGCCAGUUUAGAGUCUAGUCUUUCUACACACAAGAAGAAGAAGUAAACAAAGCAAGGCGCUAGCGUCGUUAGCUCCAUGGAAAUGUUCAGUUAGCCGGGAGACGGUGGUGUGGUCGGGUCGCAGGUGAAUCUUCCAGCUGUGACGAAGCAGCGAUGUCUUCGCUUCAGUGUCUGAGACGGUUCGUAAACGAGCGACUAACCGCCGCUGCCGAAGAAAUAUCCGGAGCCUUUGAAAAAAACAUCGUCGAGUACGAGGAAGAGGUCGCUCGUCAGCGCAGACUGCUGGAUAUCGUCUGGAAACCCGAAAUAAAGUUACACAGGACGGAGCUCCCACAGCCACAUGAAUGUAAAGAGGAGGAGGUUCUCGCUGAGCAGCAGCUCUGUGACCAGGAGAGGGACUCCAGUCUGGACCAAGAGGACCCAGAGCCACUACAGAUUAAAGAGGAACAGGAGGAAAUCUGCACCAGUCAGGAGGGAGAGCAGCUUGUACUGAAGCAGGAGACUGAUACCUUUAUGUUGACUCCUGGUAACGAGAAAAGUGACCACGGUGAACCAGAACCAGACAGUGACCACCAGCUCCUCUCUAGCAACUCUCCUGUAGCUGAGAGCCAAGAGCAGAAAGGAAGCGAACAUGUGGACUCAGGAUCAACUAGAAAUGCAGAGCCAAAGCCACAGAAGAGACGUCACAAAAACAGGAGUCACAGUAACAAUGUAUACAACUCUCCCAUGUCAAAGAUUGACUCUAAUACUCACAGAGGUGAAAAGUCUUUCAAAUGUGACACUUGUGGAAAAGCUUUUAAGUAUAAAUCCGAAUUGAAAAAACAUAUGAGAAUCCACUCUAGUGAGAAACCAUAUUCUUGCAAAAUGUGUGGGAAGUGUCUCAGAAGUAAAGAAGGCUUUUUGAUCCACAUGAGAACUCACACAGGUGAGAAGCCGUACGCCUGCAGCACCUGUGGGAAAAGAUUUAUUACCAUGUCAUCAUGGAAAAAGCAUAUGCGAACUCACACAGGUGAGAAGCCAUAUUCUUGCGAAAUCUGUGAGAAGAGUCUCAGAACUAGAACAGGCUUUUUGAUCCACAUGAGAACUCACACAGGUGAGAAGCCGUACGCCUGUAACACCUGUGGGAAAAGAUUUAGUAAUACUCCAACACUGAAAAAGCAUAUGAGAUUGCACACAGGUGAGAAGCCGUACUCAUGUGAGACAUGUGGGAAAAGUUUUGUAUGUAUUGCUGCUUUAAAAGUCCACAUAAGAACUCACACAGGUGAGAAGCCGUACUCCUGCAACACCUGUGGGAAAAGAUUUAGUCAAAUGUCAGCACUGAAAAGGCAUAUACGAACUCACACAGGUGAGAAACCAUAUUCCUGUGAAACGUGCGGGAAAAGUUUUGUAUGUAGUCGUAUCUUGAUAGACCACAUAAGAACUCACACAGGGGAGAAGCCGUACCCCUGCAACACCUGUGGGAAAAGAUUUAGUUCCCUUUCAGGAUUGAAAUAUCAUGAGAGUAUUCACACAGGUGAGAAGCCAUACGCCUGCAAAACAUGUGAGAGAGGUUUCAGAUGCAGACAGACCUUGUUGAUCCACAUGAGAACUCACACAGGUGAGAAGCCAUAUUGUUGCGACUCUCCCAUGCCCAAGACUGACUCUAGCACUCACAGAGGGGAAAAGUCUUUCAAAUGUGACACUUGUGGAAACACUUUUAAGUACAAGUCGUCAUUGCAUAAACACCUGAGAAUCCACACAGGUGAGAAACCAUACUCUUGCGAAACAUGUGGGAAGAGUCUCAGAAGUAGAGAAGGCUUGUUGAUCCACAUGAGAACUCACACAGGUGAGAAGCCGUACCCCUGCAGCAUCUGUGGGAAAAGAUUUAGUGACCAUUCAGCAUUGAAAAAUCAUAUGAAAACUCACACAGGUGAGAAGGCAUAUUCUUGCGAAACAUGUGAGAAAGCUUUCAGAUGUAAACAGGCCUUGUUGAUCCACAUGAGAACUCACACAGGUGAGAAGCCAUAUUCUUGUGAAACAUGUGGGAAAAGUUUUGUAUGUAGUGGUGUCUUGAAAGUCCACAUAAGAACUCACACAGGUGAGAAGCCGUACCCCUGCAACACCUGUGGGAAAAGAUUCUGUCAGUCGUCACAGUUGAAGAGGCAUCUUAUGAUUCAUACAGGUUAAAAGUCGUGUAUUUACAAAACACAUGGGAGAGUUUUCAGACUUAGUGGUUAAUUGACGUCACGUCAGAAGAGCCCACACUGGUGAGAAGUUACAUCACUGCAACAUCUGAUGUGUCUCAUUUGGAAGGCAUAGAAGAUCCCAUACAGACAAGUAGCCAUGUGUUUUUUAAAAUAUGUGGAAUAGCAUUUGGUUCUAGUGGUUCAUGGACUAAACACACUGGAACCGACAGAAGUGAAAACCACAUAAUUGCAGCUCUUGCGGGAAAAGGUUUUGUCAGAGAAUCAGUUCACACAGGAGAAACCGUCAAGAUGAAACUUGAGAGGAGAAGAGUUCAGCAACUGAAUGAAACACACUUUCACAACAGCUACAUCUCUGUAGUUGAAUGUAUGAAAUUUCCCAGUGAGAAGAGGUCACAGUAUCUCAGUUUAACGUAGUACAUUGUCAACAAUGCCAUCAGGUUUGGUUAAACUACCUUCGUUGUCUCCCUUCAUAUGACUGUGUUACUCAUAUUUACAAUAGUAAUUCUUUG